UGAUAAUUAAUUUACUCAUUAUCGAUUAGUUAAUAAAAUAUGACAGCAACUUAUGUGUCAUGUGCCUGCAACCGAGUUCCACAUUCAGUUGAUUGGGGAAACAAUGGACUUGUUUGUUUUGCAGUAUGUCAUGCAGUUGCAAUUUAUGAUCCAUUUAUAUCAAAAAUUGGAAAGGUAACAAACACGCUUCAUCGACAUCGAGAACGCAUUAAUACUGUACGAUGGAUCAAACGAACACAAUCGAAAGCUGAAUCAGAGUUAUUGUCAAGCUCUGUAGAUGGAACUGCUAUUAUUUGGAGUAAGCUGAAUGAAUAUUUUGAAUGUAGUUCUGUCAUAGAAGUUGGUGAUAUUCUUACAUUUAGUAAUUCAUUGUAUCUUACUGAUGACGAUUUACAAAAUGAUGAAAUAUUUUCUAAAUUGUUAAUAUGCACUGGAUCAAUUAAAGGAGAUUUACAAAUAUGGUUGAGAAAUACAAGUGGUGACAUAAAAUGUUUACAGACACUUACAUUUGGAGAAAAGUUACCAAUAGAAGCUUGUUUCUCUUUUCUGCCAAAUACAAAUUUACCGCUUUUAGCUGUUGCAAUAGAAAAUUCAACAAUUGAAUUAUAUGUAAUCAACUCUAAUGUUAUAAAAUUACAUUUUACAAGAGUUCAAAUUUUAGUUGGACAUGAAGAUUGGGUGCGAUGUAUGGAUUUUAAUUGUGAUACAGAUAAUAGUCUUUUACUUGCAAGUGGAUCUCAAGAUGCUAUGAUACGUUUAUGGAAAAUUUGUGCAAAUGAUACAAAAUUCUCAAGUAAUGAAUUACAUCAAAAAGAACAAGUGUUUAUAGUUGAUAGCAUAAAAUAUAAUGUUACUUUGGAAUCUGUUCUUUAUGGCCAUGAAAGCUGGAUUUAUGGCAUACAUUGGUAUCCAUUACAACUGAAUAAUAAAAAUAGAAUUUUAAGAUUAUUAUCUUGUUCAUUAGACAAAUCUAUGAUUAUAUGGGAACCAGAUGAAAUAACUGGAAUUUGGUCUGAAAAAGUAAGAGUAGGAGAAGUUGGUGGUAAUUUAAUGGGCUUUUAUGGCUGUAAAUUUAGUUAUAAUGGAUUAAACAUAUUAGCACAUGGUUAUCAAGGUUCAUUUCACAUUUGGGAAUAUUCAAAUACUGCAAAAAAUUGGAUUCCAAAAUCUGUACCAAGUGGUCAUUUUGCUGAAGUGGUUGAUCUUUGUUGGGAUCCAAAUGGAAGGUUUCUUAUUACUGCAAGUACAGAUCAAACAACAAGAAUUCAUGCACCUUGGAAAAAUGGAACCACAGAAUUUUGGCAUGAAAUUGGCCGUCCCCAGGUUCAUGGAUAUAAUAUUUCUUGUUUAGUUAUGUUAACUCCUUACAUGUUUGCUUCAGGAGCAGAAGAAAAAGUUGUACGUAUAUUUACAGCUCCAACAACAUUUAAAAAUUGUUUAAAGAAAAUUGCCAAUGUUGAUGACUUUAAAAAUAUGGUGGCUGACAGUGCAGCAGUACCUGCCCUUGGACUAACAAAUAAAGCAACAUUUAAUGAUAACAAAAUUGAAGUUGAUAGUUUUAAAAAUGAGGAUUAUAUUCCUCCAACAGAAGAAGAGUUAAUGCAACAUACAUUAUGGCCAGAAUUACAAAAACUUUAUGGUCAUGGAUAUGAAAUAUUCUCCAUAACUGCCAGACAUGAUGGAUUAUUAUUGGCAACUGCAUGUAAAUCAGCAUCACGAGAACAUUCUGCAAUAUUAUUAUGGAAUACAAAUACAUGGACACAAGUACAAAAGCUUACAUCUCAUCAAUUAACUGUAACACAAAUGGAAUUUUCACCCAAUGACAAAUAUCUAGUAUCUGUUUCUAGAGAUAGAAGAUGGUCAUUGUUUGAAUGUAAAGAUAAUGUGUAUACCUUAAUUGCUACUUCAAAAAAAGAUAGUCUUCAUACUCGCAUAAUAUGGUGUUGUUCAUGGACACAUGAUUCAUCUUUUUUUGCAACUGGUUCCAGAGAUGGAAAAAUUGGAAUUUGGAAUCCAAACUUUACAGCUGACAAUAUUGUUCCUACUACAAGUUUAGAUGUAAAACAUUCUGUUACAGCACUUGUGUUUUCAUUGCAGAAUAUUUCUGAACAUUCUUAUGUUUUGGCAAUAGGAUUUGAAAGAGGGUAUAUAGAAAUACAGAAAUUAAGUGUAUUCACUAAUAAUUGUGAAUGGGAAAGGCAUGUAGUAUAUGAUUCUUCUAAAGCACAUCACUUAACUGUAAAAAGACUUAAAUUUCGACCACAAAACGAAUAUUCAAAUAUUUUACAAUUAGCAAGCUGUGGAUGUGACCAUAUUGUUAAAGUGUAUGAUAUAGAUAUUUUAAAAUUAAGAGACUUGUAA